CAAGGUGUUCUGGGUAUUUAGCUGUCUCCUUUUCCUUCCAGUCCGCGUGUAGGUUGCAGAAUUUAUUCCCUGCCUUUUAUAGCUAUACUAGUUAAAUACACUGCUUUGUCAGAACUAUGUCUUUCAGUUUCAACUUCGAGGUGCAGUUGACGACAAAGGGGCAACAAGGUGAAGAAAGUAAAUCACAAACUGGAAAGCAGGAUUAUGCAGUCAAACCUGUGCCCGGCAACAACAACAACACCACCACUCCAGCAGAAACUGUCAAAGCAGCUGUUGAACACCAUCCCCCUGCAGAACCCCACUUUCUCCUCAACGAUGCUGUCUGUGAGACUGUUACCAUAGGAACGCUUCCACCCCUCCACUUCCUGAAUGAGUCUGUGUUCGAGCGGACGGCCAGCGAGCGAGAUGACGACGAGAGGAUCCUGUCGCGGACCGCCGCCCAGAGCUCGGACCUCAUCUCCGGGGUGUACGAGGGAGGGUUGAAGGUGUGGGAGUGUACCUAUGACCUCCUAGAGCUGCUAGAGAGGGAGGGGGAGACGUUCGGGGGGAAGAUGGUUCUGGAUUUGGGUUGUGGUGCUGGACUGCUGGGCCUACUGGCGCUAAAGAGCGGCGCAAGUCAGGUCCAUUUCCAGGACUAUAAUAGUACUGUUAUAGAACAGCUCACACUGCCUAAUGCACUGCUCAACUGUCAGGUGGAAGGGGAGGAGGAAGAAGUGAAGGGAAAGAAACGGGGGCUGCAAGAGGAGGACGAUGAGACAAUUAUAGAAGAGGACAAAAUGAAAAAGGAUGAAGAGGCAAAGUCCGAUGAGGAGAAGAAUGAACAGAAAAAAGAGGGAGAGGAUGGCAGCCCGUCGCCCAAGAGGCAAGCCCUGGACCUAUCCCAGCAUUCGAAGCUGACCUGCUGUCGUUUCUUCUCGGGCGACUGGACAACGUUCCUAGCGCUGGUCCUCAAGGAAGACCUGUUCCCUAAAUAUGACAUCAUCUUCACCUCAGAGACCAUCUACAACACAGCGUACUACUCAGCUCUUCACGACACCCUCCACAGACUGUUGGCCCCGAGGGGAGUGGUCUACCUGGCCACCAAGGCCCACUACUUUGGGGUGGGGGGUGGGCUGCACCUAUUUGAACAGUUUAUAGAGGACAAGGGAGUGUUUGAUAUGGAGAAACUGUGGGACGUGGACCAGGGGCUACAGAGACAUGUUGUGGCCAUGCACUUCAAAACAACAAACAAGUCUUGACUUUUUACUUUGUGUAUUUUCAAAGAACUAAAAAGGAUAAUAUUUUUCAAAUUAAUUUCUACUCAAUGCACCUGGAACUUCUAUGCUACCUAAGGUGUGCUAACAUCCGUCAGUUUCAAAUAAACGUUUUCCUAUAAAGAUCACCUGUGUGUCAAUUAGGACAAAGAAACAGGACUAUCAUAAUAUUUAAAAUGACCGUAUGUUUGAUUGUUUGACAGAUAAUGAAAAGACAUGUAGAAUAUUUAAGACUUUCUGCAGGUCUGUCAGUCUGGCUUAUUUUACCUUGGUGGUAAAACCUUGUAUGUCAAAUACUGGAGAUGAGCUUCACAAAGAAAGCAGAUUAAGGAGGAGUUUGAAUAUUUGCCAGUUGAAGUGGACAACAGGAUAACUGCACUGAUGGAGGGAAAGAAGCAGAAGUCUGAUAAAGAAGAUUGAGGAGAUGAGCAGAUAUUCCAUUGUUUCCAUUGUAGUGUACAAACUAGGCCAAUAUCAAGUGUGCCUCAAGUAUUUCAAAGGAUUUUGGCAAGUGUAUUUGGUGCAGUUCGGUUUUUAACAGGACAUAAGUGGUAGUUGAAGUAGGCGCAAUAUACUACCCGAAAGAAGAUACCGUUUCAUGUCAACUUUACCCUUUGUUCACAUCUCUCUAUAUUUAUAUUUAUUUAGAAUAGGGCUAGUGCAUGAGAAAGGUGGAAAGGAAAUGAAGGUCUUUAUAGGGGGUAGGGAGGAGGAAAGGAAAUGGCCUCAGUGACCUUUGCAGGUGAUUCCCAAAGUGUUCAAAUAGCACCACUAUCUACCAAGAUAGACGCAUAUCAAAAUGUCUUGUGGCAAUUUUCUAGAAGGUUGACCAUAUUGGAUGUGUCAUCGAAUAAAUAUUAUAAAGUGUCACAUCAUGAUUGAAACUUUUUUUAAAUGUAAAAUAUUCACUUAACUUAUUACAGUAAACCUAUGAGUAGGAACAAACAGGGCAGAUUCUGUUGAGCAUGGUGACUGAGUGGUGUAGCUAGAAGUGGAAUUCCCUUUUAGCUUUAUCAUGGAAAUCUAAAGCUUGUGGAAAUACUGUAACACAGACUGAGAGAAGGGAGGAUAAUGCACAGUAAAACCAGUGGGAGAGAAGGGGGGAUAUCCUAGGAAGAAUUAUAAACAGGGCAGCACCCACCUAAGUGGGUUACACUUGUGUUGGUGUCAAUGUAACAUGAGGAAGAAGGAUUAACAUGUUUUUUACGGUUAUCUUAUGUGUCAACUUCCACUUACUAAUAGUUUGUGUACACUUUCAUGUGUGUUCUGUGGUUCACAUUGAUCUCUAUGUAUGACUAAUCUGUUCCAGUUGUUGACACUUGCACAACUCGAGUGCCCUGUUUCAUCCAAUAAGAUUAAGAUGACUUUAUUGGUCAAUUCCAACUAAAAUUUGACUUCCCCUGUUUCCACCAACCCCUCAGAAAGAUACACAUACAGUGCCUUCAGAAAGUAUUCAUACCACUUUACUUAUUCCUAAUUUUAUUGUUAAGCCUGAAUUCAAUUAAAUAUAUUUUUCACCCAUUUACACACUAUCCCAUAAUGACAAAGUGAAAACAUGCUUUUAGAAAUGUAUUGAAAAAUUUUAAAUUAAAUCCAUAAACUUUAGAAGCACCGAUUUUCUAGGUAAGUCUCUUAAGAGCAUUCCACACCUGGAUUGUGCAACAUUUGCCCAUUUUUAUUAUUUUCAUAUUUCUUAAACUUCUGUCAAAUGAGUUGUUGAUUAUUGCUAUACAACUGUUUUCAGGUCUUGCCA